GUUUUAGAUGUUUUGUCUUUAAUCUUGGAUGUUUUCAGGGCUUGGGAAAGACACUGCAAACAAUUUCUCUUCUUGGAUAUAUGAAACACUAUAGAAAUAUUCCUGGCCCUCAUAUGGUAUUGGUUCCAAAGUCUACUUUACAUAACUGGAUGAAUGAAUUCAAGAGAUGGGUACCAACGCUUAGAUCAGUUUGUUUGAUAGGUGAUAAAGAACAAAGAGCUGCCUUUGUCAGAGAUGUAUUAUUACCAGGAGAGUGGGAUGUAUGUGUAACAUCAUAUGAGAUGCUCAUUAAAGAGAAGUCUGUUUUUAAAAAAUUUAAUUGGAGAUACUUAGUCAUUGAUGAAGCUCACAGAAUCAAAAAUGAAAAAUCCAAGUUGUCAGAAAUUGUAAGAGAAUUCAAGACUACAAAUCGACUACUCCUAACAGGAACACCUCUUCAGAAUAACUUACACGAACUCUGGGCGCUUCUCAACUUUUUGUUGCCAGAUGUUUUUAACUCAGCAGAUGUAAGUUUUUUUUAGUAAUUAAAUUUUGGUAGGAGAGGCAGCAUUGUCUGGUUCGAGGACUAAUCUUAUGUGAGGAAAGUUUGGGUUCAGACUCUUCCUCUGACACUGAGAUCACAAGCAAAGCACUCUGGGUAUUCCAGGCAAUUCUUUUAAGAUUAAAAGAUAUAGGAGUUGCCUAUCUGCAGAGGGUUUCUACCAACACAAAAAGAGGUCCAUAUUGGACCCAUAAAAAUUUUGAUUAGACGAGUCAGAAGGUACCUCUGUGUCCUUUAAUCCAGACCAUACCUGACGCUUUGACUACAUGUCAACUUGUUAAAAACCCAUCGAUUAGGAGGAAAUAUUCCUUUCUUCUUUUGUAUAGCAGUCACAAGUAGGAAGCUUGCAGGAAACUCUUAUUUGCUUUUUUUUGCAACUUGUGGGCAUUGUUAUUUUGGGACCAAGUAAGAGAAAUCUCUUCCACUUCACAACACUUUCAGUUCUUGAAGACAGCUAAUGUCAUCUUCUGUAAAGAUUUUCAAGCCCAGUAUCUCUCUUUUGGUAGAUUCUCAUAUUAAGCUUCAUCUUAAUGCCAACAAUCUUGCUUGCCUUUCUUUGGAUGCUCUAGAACUUUUUUUUUUUAAUUUGGCACCCAAAACUAACCCAGUUCUAUCUGUAUGAGCUAGAUGAAUUCUAGAAUUUUGUUAGGGCUCAGAAUUCAAACUUGGUGGCCUACAUUAUGUAUAUUUUUUCCUUCCCCUUUCUGAAAAUUGGGACAUUUGCCUUUGUGCAGUCAUGUGGUAAUCCAUCUUUUCUUUUAGUACCUGACGAUGAUAGUAUAUCUAGGUAUAAUGACUUGGGUACUAGGUGACUUUAGCUACAAAAUCC